AUGUCCGACGUCUCAGGCCACUUUAACUUUGUCACCAAAACAAAAAUCAAGAUUGCGAUUGUCUACUAUUCGCUGUUCGGCACUACAAAGUCAGUUGCCGAGAGCGUUCUCGAAGGAGUUAACUCUGUCGAAGGUGUCGAAGCGGACUUAUUCACGGCUGAGGAGGCCCUGAAAAAUGUCCAAGUAUUUGAGAAUUACGAUGGAUUCAUUUGGGGAACUCCAGCCUAUUUUGGAUCUUUGGCUUCCGGAUUAAAAUCAUUCUUCGAAAAAACAACUCCCAUGUUUAUGACUAGAGCGUUUCAAAAUAAGAUCGCGACUGGCUUCGUAAAUGGUGCCUCAAUCGCAGGUGAUAAACAAGGAGCUUUGAUUGACUUAUUUACUUUUUCGUCGCAACAAGGUAUGCUUUGGGUUCCAUUAGGACUCAUUCCUGCCAAAGUUCCUGUCAACGAGGAGUAUGAUCUGUUGAACCAUGCAGGAUUCUUUAGUGGUGCUGCCACUAGAAGCACUGUUAAUGGAGUUGUUGGUCAAACUCCUUCUCCAGGCGACUUGAAAACUGCAAGGUUCUUGGGCCAAAGAUUUGCUAAUGUGGCUCUACAAUAUUAUAAGUAG